AUGGUUCUUCAAGAUUUGGGGCGGCGUAUCAAUGCCGCCGUCAGUGACCUCACGCGGUCCAGCAAUCUCGAUGAAAAGGCAUUCGAUGGAAUGAUCAAGGAAAUCUGCUCCGCGCUCCUGCAAGCCGAUGUGAAUGUGCGCCUGGUCAGCAAACUACAAAAGUCCAUCAAAGCCGCUGUGAACUUCAAGGAGCUGGCGCCCGGUGUCAACAAGAAACGGCUUAUCCAAAAAGCUGUCUUCGACGAACUGGUCCAACUCGUGGAUCCGCAUGCCGAACCUUUCAAGCCAAAGAAAGGGAAGCCUAAUGUUAUAAUGUUUGUGGGAUUACAGGGCGCGGGGAAGACGACCACUUGCACGAAAUUGGCGAGGCAUUAUCAAUCACGAGGAUUCAAGGCCUGUCUGGUUUGCGCAGACACGUUCCGUGCCGGUGCUUUCGACCAGUUGAAGCAGAAUGCCACGAAGGCGAAGAUUCCAUAUUACGGGUCACUCACACAAACGGAUCCGGCCGUAGUCGCGAAGGAAGGUGUAGAGAAAUUCAAGAAGGAGAGGUUUGAGAUUAUCAUUGUGGAUACCAGUGGAAGGCAUCGACAAGAAGAUGCUCUGUUCCAAGAAAUGGUUGAUAUUCAGUCGGCCGUCAAGCCUGACCAGACGAUCAUGGUUCUAGAUGCCAGUAUCGGACAACAGGCAGAGGCUCAAAGUAAAGCUUUCAAGGAGACUGCGGAUUUUGGUGCUAUUAUCAUCACCAAGACCGAUGGACAUGCCAGCGGAGGUGGUGCCAUCUCGGCAGUUGCAGCUACACAUACCCCUAUCGUCUUCAUCGGAACUGGAGAACACAUGUUAGACUUGGAAAGAUUUGCUCCUCAGCAAUUCGUAUCGAAACUUCUCGGAAUGGGCGACAUGCAAGGGCUCGUGGAGCACGUGCAAUCCCUGAAACUGGACCAGAAAGACACCAUGAAGCAUAUUGCCGAGGGUGUAUUUACUGUCCGCGAUCUCCGAGAUCAAUUAUCGAAUAUCAUGAAGAUGGGCCCCCUCUCCAAAAUGGCAGGCAUGAUUCCUGGCAUGAGCGGAAUGAUGCAAGGCAUGGACGACGAAGAAGGCUCACUGAAACUCAAGCGAAUGAUCUACAUCUGCGAUUCGAUGACCGCGAAGGAAUUGGAUAGCGAUGGCAAGAUGUUCGUCGACCAGCCUACGCGGAUGACGAGAAUAGCCUGCGGAAGCGGGACAAGCGUAAGAGAAGUAGAAGAUCUCUUAACGCAGCACAAGAUGAUGGCAGGCAUGGCAAAGAAGAUGGGUGGCAAUAUGAAAAAUAUGCAAAGAGCUCAAGGGGCCAUGGGAGGGGGCAACAAACAACAGCAGAUGGCAGCGAUGCAGAAGCGGUUGGCAAGCAUGGGCGGUGCUGGUGGCGGUGGCAUGCCAGAUAUGGCAUCAUUGAUGAAAAUGUUUGGGGGAGGAGGUGGAGGUAUGCCCGGUGGCAUGGAUAUGCAAGCUAUGUUGAAGCAAAUGGGAGGGAUGAUGGGCGGGAUGCCUGGCAUGGGAGGCCCAGCUGGAAGAGGACGGCGAUAA